CCAGACUAGGCACACAAUAUGUGUUGGCUCGCAAAAAGGAGGCAGUAUUCUUAAAAUCAUGUAAUGUAAUGAGUGAGAGGUUAAACAUAUUACCGUUGGAUUAGAAAAUACUCGAUCGGACACAACAUGUCCAAACCUGGAGAAAGAAAUAGGUUAAAUGAAGAUCACGGCAGAAAGCAGAGUUCAAGUUUGGCGAACGGCAUGGACAACAGCCAUCCUGUUUGCAGUUCGGGAGAGAAACGAAGUCACCACUGGAGAAGUUACAAGUUGAUUAUUGACCCAGCUUUGAAAAAGGGAUCGCACAAACUGUAUCGCUACGAUGGACAACACUUUAGCAUGCCCAAUCCCGGUAUGGCACCAGUGGACAUGGUCAGAGACCCGAGAAUCGGUCGUCUCUGGAGUAAAUACAAGGAGACAGAUCUCCCGGUUCCGAAAUUCAAGGUCGACGAAUGUUACAUUGGUCGCGUGCCUCCAAAGGAGGUGACAUUCGCGAGGCUGAACGACAAUAUUAGAGAGGGAUUUCUUACCGACAUGUGCAAAAAGUACGGAGAAAUCGAAGAAGUGGAAAUUUUAUACAACCCAAAGAACAAAAAACAUUUGGGGAUCGCAAAAGUUGUAUUCGGAACUGUAAAAGCGGCAAAGGAUGCAGUCCAAAACCUGCACAACACUUCUGUUAUGGGUAACAUCAUACACGCGGAGCUGGAUCCGAAAGGUGAAAAUCGCCUUCGGUACGUGCAGCGCCUCAUCAACGGGAGUUUUACUCCCCUUACGCUUCCAGUGGGCGAGGAGGCUACGGAGCCCUCACCGCGCAGCAUAGCCGAAACCCUCUUGGGACCCGAGCCUCUCCGGAGACUGUCCGAAGGCAGCUCCACGGCGGUCGGCGGCCCCCCCACCCCAGGCAGCAUCACCACCCCCCUCUCCCUGGACACGGCUUACUCCAGCAUAAGGCAGGACACGCCGCAGUCCCAGGGAACCCCGCACACCCCGCGCCAGUCCGGCACCCCGUUCUCUCAGGACUCCAGCUACUCCAGCAGGCAGACCACGCCGGCGUACCAGCCCAACCGCGCCGAAGGCACGGGGGGCUACAAGUCACGGCGGCACGAGACGAAAUUCCAGGACGCCUACAACCGCCGGCCGGAGAGGCACUACGUUCACGGCACGGGCGGGUCGUACCGCGGCGGCACCGCCGCCGAGCAGCAAGCCUCUUUCAAGCAGCACCAACCGCCCGAACCCCCGUCGCCUGCGUUCGCUCACACCCCGCCUCCCCCUGCCGUCAGCUCGGGCUUCAAAUCCGCCUUCUCUCCCUAUCAGGCGCCCAUGCCCCCCGCGUACCCUCACGCCGAACCGCCUUUCCACCAGCCAGCGCAGAGGGAGUCCGACUUCAGGAGGACCCCUCACGCCCCUCCUCCCUCCACCGCUGACUUUAUGCCCGUCAGGGAGCGGCCCGAAACCCCGCCGAUCCCGGAACCUCCUCCCGUACCGGAGAGCCACCCCGCCACGCCCCCGCCGUGCACGCCUGAGCCCUGCCCGUCCCCGGGCACGCCCACCCAGGAGCUGGAGCGCAACAGCCUGGACUCCCGCAUAGAGAUGCUCCUGAAGGAGAAACGGACCAAGCUGCCAUUCCUGCACGAGCGAGGAGACUCGGACAGCGAGGUGCGCAUGGAAGGGAGCCCGAUCUCCUCCUCCUCCUCCCAGCUUUCGCCGAUCCCUCCGUACACGGGCGGGGCGCAGCCCAGCCAGCGGCCGUCACGACCAUCCAGCACCGGUCUAGAGGACAUAAGCCCCACGCCGCUGCCUGACUCCGACGACGAUGAGCCUGUCCCCGGAACGGCCUCCCAGCUGCUCAACUCCCAGUCCAGCUCACCAUCUAACGCCCACAACAGGUGCAACGCCGGAGACCACGCCGGAGACCGGACACCAACGGACAAUAUGGACCUGAGCCAUCAGUCCUCCGGCGAAGACAUGGAGAUCUCCGACGAUGAGAUGCCAGGCUCGCCCAUCGCCGGCGGAGACUGCGCCAAGGGCAUUGUCGUGAACUCCGCCGUCUCCCCCAUGCACCCCCAGACCAUUCCCAUACCCCCGCCCGGGUUCCCUCCUCUGCCUCCCCAAGCCGGUUUCCCCCUGCCGCCCCCUCACCUGCCCUCCGUGCCCGGGCCGCCACCGCCGCACCUGACCGCGCCGCCGGGAGUGCCGCCCCACCCCAUGCUGCCUCCGCUGCCCCCCUACCCCCCUGGGAUGCUGCCCAUCAUGCCCAUGGACAUAAUGAGCUGCCUGCCUCAGUGGGGCAGCGUCCACAUGUCUUUCCAGAUGCAGACUCAGAUGUUGAGUCGGAUGGCACAGAGCCAGCGACCGUACCCUUACCCCCACUUCAUGAGCGGGGCGGGGGCGGGCACCGGAUCCGGGGCCAUGCAGUUUGCGGGUCCCUACCCGCCGCUGUCGAUGGUCGGCGCCCCGGCCAGCGCCGCAGGGCACGGGCAACCCUGGCCGCUUCCCAGCAUGCCUAAGUUCAACCCCUCGGUGCCCCCUCCGGGGUACGAAACCCAGAAGGAGGACCCGCACAAAGCAACCGUCGACGGGGUGCUUAUGGUCAUCGUCAAGGAGCUCAAGGCCAUAAUGAAGAGGGACCUCAACCGCAAGAUGGUGGAGGUGGUGGCCUUCCGGGCCUUCGACGAAUGGUGGGACAAAAAAGAGCGAUCUGCAAAGGCAUCUCUGACGCCAGUAAAGGCAGGAGAAGGGAAGGAUGAAGAGCGGCCCAAGCCCAAAGAGACCAUGGCCUCCAGCCUUCUGGAGAACUGGAACAAGGGCGAGGGACUGGGCUAUGAGGGCAUGGGCCUGGGGAUUGGUCUACGUGGUGCUAUCCGGUUACCAUCAUUUAAGGUAAAGAGGAAGGAACCCCCUGAUCCCACUACCACCAGUGACAACAAGAGGGUGCGGCCGUCCACACCAGUGGAUGACGAGCUGGAGGAUGAAGAGUCUGAAAGGGAUCGAGACAUGGCAGACCUCCCCUCCGAUGGGUCCAGAAUGGACGGAGAUGGGUCCUCUGGCCGACGACGCCACGCCAGGCCUCUGGAGCUGGACAGUGAGGGAGAGGAGGAGGAAACCUCUGGCAAGGAGGAGUCGUCACUGUCUGAUCGGGAGGAGCCUGAUGAGGAGGCCUCAGAGAGGUUGUCCUCGGCCAAGGAGGUUGAGGAGGAUGAAGAAGACAAGGACGAAAGCAACUCAGAGUCCAGUGAGAGUGAAUCGUCCGAGUCUUCCGACGAGGAAAGUGCCAGUUCAUCAUCCUCUACAGCAGACUCGGAUUCCUCAGGGAGUGAAAGCUCUUCCGACUACGAAUCAAGUUCCGAGGAGGAAGAGGACGAAGAAGAGGAAGAGGAAGAUGAAGUUGCUGUGGAAAUGGAGGAAGAGGAAAAGGAUGAAGUCAAGACCUCAUCAUCUUCUUCCUCAUCAUCAUCAUCUUCAUCUUCCGACGAGGAGGAGGAAGCUGAGGCAAAGGCACCAAGCACCUCCCCAACGUUAGAAGAGCCUGCUGUUCUGGCCGCGCAAGAGGGAGUUGAGAAUCUGGAGAGCCAUUGCCGACCCCUGCUGGAGAAGGGUGCCACAGCGGGCUCAAUCAAACGUUCCACAGAGGACCUGCGGCCCCCUUCGCCGAAAGGAGUGCCAGUUGACGAGCCUGAGAUCGAUUUGGAGGUCAGCAUCCAAGUGCCCAAAACCGAGACCCUCGAGGACGUGGAAAACCUUCGGCCCCCGACCCCGACUGGCUCUUUUGCCGACAGCGACUCAGAUACCCGGCCCAGGAUCCACACCGAGGAAGAGGAGCUUCCGCGCACCCCUGGGCGAGAAGCCUCAGUUCCCAGUGAGUCUGAAGCCUCUGUUUCGAGGUCUCUCCCUGUGUCCUCCAUGCUCCUCCCCCUUCCCCCGAACCCUGCCCUGGAGGUCCGCUCGCUUUUGCCGCCCUCAGGGCCUAUGCCAGACGUGCCCACGCGGGCACGGCUGCCUACCGACGAAGACAUCCCACGGACUCCCGGAAGAGACCUGAUGGACAGACCCCGCGGGUUGGGCAAGUCUCAAAGUACAGAGACUGUGCCCAUCACGCCAGGCAGUGAGACGCCACUAACAGGUAACAGCUUGGCCCUAAGCUCCCCUCACAUCCCUGGCAGCCCUUUCUCCUAUCCUGCGCAGUCUCCCGUUCUCAGUGCUGGCAUUCCUAGGACUCCGGGGAGAGACCUGACCUUUACCCCAGUGUUUCCUGACCCUGCUAACCUUGCCGCAAGUCUCCCUAUUCACAGGAAGGGCUCGUCCGAGAGCCUGGACGAGAAAUCCAUCUUCAAAGAGCCUCAACUUGCUUCUCCCCAGGCCACCUUGCUGAACCAAGCUGCUUCUUCCCCCUUCCCUAUUCAUCCCCAGCCUGCUGCUUCGCUCCAGGAGUCGGCGCAGAUCUCCUACCCUGACUCUGUGGAGAGCAACACAGUCAGUGUGCCAAAAGACCUACCUGUCCCAUUGAUAGACCUUCCUGUACCUUUAGAUGCUACUCCGACCAAGAGGAAGCCAGGGCGGCCCAAGUCUAAAAAGACGCCGGUUGCCGUUCCUCCUCAAGAAGCCCAAGAGCCUCCAAUGGCCACCACAAUGGUAGCUUCCUUACCACCUGAACUCCCAGUCAAAGCCUUGUUUACUGACUCUUCAGCAGGUUCUCUUGGUGGAGCUGUUGGAGACCCUGCGGUCGUCAGCCUGGACUUCAGGGAAGAGGAGGCGGAGGGGGCGCAGACGGUGGUUCCCACGGUGAUCCCGGAGACGGAAGACAGGCUCUUCCUGGACGAGGAGCCGGUGCAGAAGACGCGGAGGCAGAGAAGAAACUGGGAGGAGCUGCUGCUGGCUAUGCACUCCCCCGUGGCCUCCUCACCCCGUCCCUGCUUCAUGCCCCGCUCCGAGUUCGAGGAGAUGACCAUCCUGUACGACAUCUGGAACGAGGGAAUUGACGAGGAGGACAUCCAUUACCUGAGGAUAACUUAUGACAAGAUGCUCCAGCAGGACAAUGGCAACGACUGGCUCAAUGACACUCUCUGGGUUCACCAUCCUCCCACCAACAUGAUCGUUCCCGGGGUGAAGAGAAAACGACGGGAAGAUGGCAUGCGCGACCACGUGACUGGCUGUGCCCGCAGCGAGGGGUACUACAAGAUCGAUAAGAAGGACAAAAUCAAAUAUCUCAACAGCACACGACUCUUGUCGGAAGAGCUCCCCGGGGACACACAGGGAAUGAGUAUUCCAGCACAGCCCCAUGCAUCCACUAGAGCAGGCUCAGAGCGACGUUCAGAACAGCGCCGCCUGCUGUCCUCUUUCAGCUGUGACAGCGACCUGCUCAAAUUCAACCAGCUCAAGUUCCGUAAGAAGAAGAUCCGAUUCUGUAAGAGUCAGAUCCAUGACUGGGGUCUGUUCGCCAUGGAGCCCAUUGCUGCUGAUGAGAUGGUCAUUGAAUAUGUGGGACAGAACAUCAGACAGGUCAUUGCGGACAUGCGUGAGAAGCGAUACGAGGAAGAAGGCAUCGGCAGCAGCUACAUGUUCCGUGUGGAUCAUGACACCAUCAUAGAUGCCACCAAAUGUGGCAACUUCGCCCGUUUUAUCAACCAUAGUUGCAAUCCAAACUGUUAUGCCAAGGUCAUAACAGUGGAGUCCCAGAAAAAGAUUGUCAUCUAUUCACGGCAGCCCAUCAACGUAAACGAAGAGAUCACUUACGAUUACAAAUUCCCAAUCGAGGACGAGAAGAUCCCGUGCUUGUGUGGGGCAGAAAACUGCAGAGGAACCUUAAACUAGCCCAAACUGGGGGAGGUGAGAGGUCUCUCUAAGCAAUGUACCCCCCAAAGUCGUGGCACAGUCGGACAAGGGCAGAUGCCAACACUGAA